UGUGAUUUCGACUAGGACGACGUCGUGACGCUGACGGUGACGCUGAGCGUUUUGUUUCCCGGCAUCGCGCAUCGCGAGCGUCUCGGUCUUCGUUAGUGCACCGGAAGUUUUUCGUUUGAUUCGGAAGAGAACGAAAGUCAUCAGGUAUUUUUUGGUUUUGUUUUCCCGCUCGUAAUACGUUUUUGAAUUUAUAAAUAUUUGAAGAACGAAACAUACAAACACCAUCCCAAAUUCCAUGAAAAGUUUUUGAUGAAUUUCAGAAUCAAUUAUGUUUGAAGAAUGUUUCGGCAAUGGACCGUUCGUCUUCAGAAUCAACGAAAAUGGUUCAGGUCCUCAACUACUGACACAGGUGUGUCUAGAAAGGGGAUGGCGAGAAUAUACCGGUGAUUGCGAGAACUGGAAUCUCUGGUGGCGAACAUCCGGCUUUCCAGUUAGUCACCAUCGAAGUCUCUAUGCUUGGCAGUACUUAAAUCACAUUCCAAAAGGUUCGUCAAUAUGUAGAAAAGAUAAUUUGGUCAGAUAUCUAAGGUGUAUGAAGAAAGUUUACGGGUCCAUAUAUGAUUUUAGUCCACAUGGAUAUAAUUUACCUUUAGAAUACACGAAGUUGGCUGCUGAAUGCAGCAGGGGAAGGCCGCAUAGUGGGAAAGAAGAUACGAAACAUUUUGAAGACAAACCGAUUUGGAUAUGUAAACCAGUAGCCCAAAGUCAGGGUCGAGGUAUUUUCUUAUUUAGGAAACUAAGUGAAUUAAACUACGAUACCAAUACAAUAGUACAGCGGUAUAUAGAAAAACCUCUUCUGAUAGGUGGCUACAAAUUCGAUCUACGACUUUACGUGUGCAUUCCUUCAUACCAUCCUGUAACAAUAUAUAUUUACAGGGAAGGUUUAGCACGAUUUGGUACCGACAAAUUUAGCUUAAAUGAUCUCAGGAAUCCUUUCCGACAUUUAACGAAUUCUUCUAUCAACAAAUUGGGUCCUGGAUAUACCGAAAUGAAAGAUAGAGUGGGAUCAGGAUGCAAGUGGAACCUACGACAAUUGAGACGAUAUUUUCAACAAGCUGGAAUUUUAGACUGGCUGCUUUGGCAAAGGAUUACAUCAUUGGUAAUACUUACCGUACUGAGCCACGUCAGUCAGAUACCACCGACUGUCAAUUGUUUUGAGUUCUUUGGAUUUGAUGUUUUGAUUGAUAGUGCGCUGAGACCCUGGUUAUUAGAAGUUAACCUAAGCCCUGCCCUUAGUAAUGAUUGUGACGCUGAUAGAUUAGUAAAAAAGCCGAUGUUACAUGAUAUGUUCGACUUGUUGGGGCUGCCAUUGUAUAAUACAGGUCUCUCAGUAUUCGAUAUAUUAUCUGAAGAGACUGUAGAUAACAAAGAGGAUCAAGAGAAUAGGAAUAUAGCUUUGAAGAACACCAUUUCAGUUGUAAAUGCUGCUGGUAGGUGGAGGAGAAAACAAAAGAAAAUGUCUGCCAUUUAUUCUAGGGCGAAUUCUGCCAUUAGAGUUAGAAAUAGAGCCACAUCUGCCAAUUAUCAAAAGACUUACAUAACAUUGCCAAAAGUCCAUGUAGAUGUUCGACCAGUAGCUUCGCCUAUACACGGUGGAACGACAAAAGCAAGCUGUGAUGAUUGCAGAAAAUCAGAAGCAAAACCAUGGGGCAAUGGAAGGGAUUGGAAUUAUCCUAAACCGAGGGAGGGCGGAUGGGUUAGAAUUUGGCCAUUUUCAUUAGAAGUUCCAACAAAAAAUAACAGUAUGAAUAAUGGACAAAUAAAAACUAUGGUUAACAAGGUAAUAAAAUUUACUAAGAAGGCAAAAGAACUGGCCAAACGACAUCCAUUGGCUUCUGAAUGUCAGUUAAGUGAAUUUCUUCAAGCUGAUAACGAGAUGACUGGAGACAUUUGGAUUCCCCCUGUAUAACUUACAUACUAUAUUUUUCUGUCUACUCCUCUGCCUCUAAACUGCCUACGCCAUGCCAAAUAACUUUUACAACAUUUCUUAAAGGUUGUUUAUGUCUUUGCAUAUUAUUAAUUUUCAGUAGGUAUUCAUACAUUAUUAAAUUGUAUUAUUUAUAAUAUCCCAGACAGCACAAGUCAAUCCAUUGGAUGUCCAUCGGAAGUCUAUUGAUGGACAUAUAGGCUGUCCAUAGGACGUCCAGCAUUUUACAGAAGGACAACUAUACAAAUGUCCCACUCCUGGACGUCCAUUUGGACUCCAGUAAAGGUCCAUAUAUAAACUUGUAUUGCUUUUGGACAAUUUAUGGACAUCACUACCUACAAUAAUAAGAAAUAAAUAUUGCAACUAUGGACAUAUUUUUCUUGUCAUAAAUAAUAUCAAGCAUGUACCUAUUGGUUUUAUACGCACUCCUUUAUGUUGACGUUCUCAGCCAUUUUCUUAAGGCUAUUUCACUUACUUUUUAAGCAACCCCAUUGUCGCUCUCAGCAACAGCUAAAAAAAGACAUUGCAUAUGUUAUACGAAUAUUGAUUCUUAAAUUAAUCUUUCAAAAAAUGCCUGACUAGGCAAAACUGAUAGUUAAAAAUGUAAAACUAAUAUAAAAAUAUGCAUUGACUAAUGUAAUUUACCCCUGUACUUAAAUAUAGAAAAAAAACUGCUCAUUGUUUCUUUAAAUGAUCAUUUUACUUUCAUACUUAUUAUACUUAUUUUCUUACCAGAUAACAAACUCAUGUUAUUUGUUGGCCGUUCUUGUCUUAACCCCUUUCUUCUUUUCUUCUUCGAGUCUGGCCUGAAUGGCCUUUUACUUUUAUAUCUUGUCAACAGUAGCAAAGAGGUGAAUAAAAUUGUAAUAAAAACCUAGUUGUAAUUAAAUUAUACUAGAAGAAUUAUAAUUUAUUAUAAGUUUGUAGUUUUUAUAGUGUCCUUCAUGGACAUUUUUUGGACAUCGAUUGGACUUCUGAAUGGGUAUAUCCAUUGGAAUAUCGGAAAAUAUAUAAAAUAUGGACGUCCAAUGUACGUCGUGUGCGGUCUGGGAUAUUAUAAAUAAAUAAAUAAAUAAAUAAAUAUUAUGGAAUGAGGCGUUAGCCGAGUGAGACAAUCACAGGAAUAUUCCAAUGAGUUUCAAAUUAUUCCUUUUACAAUUUUCCUGCUUACUGAAUUUUGUUUUAUGUACUGGAAUGUAUUACAGUUAAAUAAGAUUAAAACUAUAUUGUAUUUUAAAUAUGCUAUACAUCUAUAAAUAUCUACUCUUACUCCGUCCAUGCUAAUUUUGCGAAUUAUUGCUUGUUGUUACUUUUCAAUGGAAAAUAUAAAUCGAUAUAUAAAAG